AUGCUUGACACUUUGGCCGGCGUCCUGCUGGUGCGCGGGGGCGGGGCGAUUUUGGGAGCGGUGGUGGGACGUGGCAUGGGGAGGGUGUGCACAUUUUGGCUGCCGGCGGCGUUUGGCGGAGCUGCCCCCAGUUCACACCUGUUUUCCUCGUGGCUCAUCCUGUUGCGUCAGCGGGUCCGUCUAUCACUCUUCCCCGUCCGAGCUUUUUCGCUCGCUUUGUACGCCCUCCUUUCUUUUGUCUUCCUUUGGCGCAUGUCUCCUCUUUUUUCCCCCUUUAGUACUUCGACUGACCGAUUUCGUUCUCUGCGUUCCUCCCACGCGGGUUUGUGGGCAGGCUUCUGGCGCAACCGGGUCUUGCGUUCCUCCCCUGUAGUCGUUCCGCUUCGCUUCUGGCCGGUGUUGGUCAGACGCAGUUUGUUCGCAGGCGAUCGACUCAUUCUUUUCCCUGUUUGGUUCUUAUCUCGUCCCGGGCUCUUGUUCCUUAUUGGUGCGUUUGCGCGGUUCGGGCCGUGGUGGUGGGGCUUCGGGGGGGCGACCCCCCCCACCAUGGGCUCCGUUGGCCUCAGCGUGUGGGACGAGCACGAAACCGACGGAGAAGGCUCCUUUCUGCGCCAGUUGCUUGUGAUGCCCCCGAUUACGUCCUCCUUCUAUCUCUGUGGAGCAGUUGCUACGUGCACGGGCAGCUUUGUCAUUCUAAUUGUGUUGGGGGGCUUUUGGUUGUGUGGGCGUCUUUCCGUUUUUUGUGUUAUCUUGUUUGUUCGCCCGAGGCUUCUUCGGUGCUUCUGGAUUUUCCCUGUGGUCGUCAGCUGCAGGACUAAGGGCUUCUUUGGCUCGGAAUUUCCGUCUUGUCUUGCACCGGCCCUCUUCUCGGCCUUUUGUCCUUGCCCGUCCGGUGUAGGCGUUUGUUAUCGUUUCGAGUCGUGGUCUCCAGUCUUUUUUUAG